GUUUUUUUUUGUAAUGUUAUUAGGUACUUCAAAGAAUGGGCUGCAUAUAAAAAGACAGAUGCCUAUAAAGAAUUUAGAAAACAACAAAUAGAACAAAAGGGAGGUGGCGGUCCAACAAAAAAAUUGAAACAAAAUACUGCAUCAGAACAGUCUACUCCUAAACCUGUUGUUGCUGCUCCUCCAGCUGAGCAAGCCCCUGCCCCUGUUAACGGCGGCAGUGCACCUGCGGCGGCUCCGGUCGCUACUUCUCGGCAACAGACCCCGCCCCGGCCCAGACCGUGCAUUACACCUGCCUCCGGGGAAGAGCACACUAGUGGAGGAGACACUGAAAUACCUAUAUUCACAGACCAAUUUCUUCAACACAAUAAGCUGAGAGAAACAGAACUGAGACAGUUGAGAAAAGCCAAUUCAGAUUAUGAGCAACAGAAUGCCAUACUGCAACGACAUGCUGAAGAAGUAAGCGGCGCCACCUCCCGGCUCAGGGCCGAAACAGCUGCCGCGGCUGAGAGGACGGCGGCGUUGCUGGCUCACAAGCGAGCCCUGGUUGCUGCUCUAGUACAAGCCUUGGAAACAUUGGCCAUUCCAGGAGGACCUCCUGGAGCAACUGAAGCAAAUAUUGAGGAAUACAUGGAGAAACUGCAAAGCUUGGCAGUUGAUAACAAACCAAAUCCAGUUUUGAAACAAGCUCGAGAUAUUCUUAAUAGGAUUGAGCUUCCAUUAAAUUAAAAAUUAUAUCAUUAUAAGCCAUCUACAGUAUUCAAUAAAAUCAUUAAAAAUCAGAAAA